CUUGCUCUCGUCUUCAUCUCCGUGCUGGGUUUGCAGUCUCAAAUCCUCCUCUAUGUCUCCUCUCGAAAGCAUUUCAUGGCUCUCAUAAGGCUCGUCGGACACCGUGUAUAGUUGUCCAUAACCGUACUGAAUGAAUGAAUGGUACCGAUGCCCUGGUGCCAUAUCCCGCCCCGACGUCGUCAAGGACACCACCACCCACCAAUGACAGUAUGACGGGCGCACUCCCUACAUCUGACCCGCGUAUAUAACGCGCGCACGGGCGAUUUGGCGAUCACUUCCUUCCCUUCCUUCUUCCCCCCCGCCUCUCGCUCGCUCUUCACCCUUCGUUUCUCACAGGCAGGCCUGUCGAUUACUUUCCUUCAGCUCGCACUCGCUUCUAUCCUUUCAUCUUUGCAGGCAGGCCUACUCCGAGACUCGGUCUUUCUUCACUUGCCCGACAUCUUCGAUCGCCUACUUCUCCACAUUCGCCUCGACAUGAAGCUCCUUUCCCUCACCCUGCUCGCCACGGCCUUCAGCACGGCGCUCGCGCGCCCCGUCCGCCGCGACGUCGAUCCUUCUCUCGUCCCUGACUUCGGCGUCACGGCUGGGACGAACCCGACAGGAACUGGAGACUGCGACGGAAUAGCAGGCGCAGACGGCAACUCAGUGAAGAUCCCUUGCCAAUGCCCGCCGGAUAAAGAUACUUUCCUGAAGUCCCUCAAUGCGAACGUCGCAGCCGGCAAAGCCGUCAACAACCCCUCCGUCGCGGUCUCCUUCCCCGAGGACGACUCGACCGAGUCGCAGCUCGCGCGCAUCCAAGCCUCGCUCGUGACGCUGCAGAACCUAGACGGGCCAGGGAAGGGGUGCCCUGCGGCUAGCACGACGUUGUUGGCGCAGCAGAAGGCUAUCCAAGCGGGUGGUAGUGCGAGCAGCGCUGCAUUGUCCGCCCCGGCCUCCUCCCCACCUGCUACAGCUGCCGCCGCCGCACCGGCCGCGUCUUCCCCAGCCGCAGCAUCGUCAGCUGCACCUGCGGCGUCCUCUUCAGCAUCCGGCACCUCCGCCAACAUCGACCCCGCCCUCGUCCCCGACUUUGGCAUUCAGGCCGGGACGAACCCAACUGGCACUGGCGACUGCGACGGCGUGGCGGGCGCGGAUGGGAAGCCCGUGAAGAUUCCGUGCCAGUGCCCACCGGACAAGGAUACGUUCAUCCAGUCCCUCUCCGCCAACGUCGCAGCCGGCUUCGCCGUGAACAACCCCGACGUCAAGAUUGGCGCGUUCCCAACAGGCGACUCGGCAGAGGACCAGAUCGCGCGCAUACAGGCAUCGCUGGUCACUCUACAGAACCUAGACGAGAACGCCGGCGUUCUUCUGCCAUCUCGGCUACAGCUUGGACAAUCCGGCGACUCGUCAAGGCAAUGUCGAAGUCGCUUUCGGGGGGAGGAUCUUUGACAGGAGCUGAAGCUUAACGCCUAACGGGACCAAAUGCUUAACGGGAGCUAAUCUCUUCGCAGGUCCUGGAAAGGGCUGCCCAGCAGCGUCAACCACUCUUCUCGCUCAGCAGAAGGCGCUGCAAG